ACCACAGUGCAUACGGAGACAGUAACAAACAUGGCAGACGAAAGAAGCGGCAGUGGGGAAUCUCGAAAGACUGCAAAAUCUGGCACUACAACAAUUUCUGACGCUGUUGCGAAACUUACUGUAAAAGCACUGCAGAAUCUAAAUUUAUCAAGCAAUGAUGAGCAAGAUACUACAUUAAACGUGAAUACUGGUGAUAGAAAUGACGAAGAAGAGGAAGACAAUGAAGAUAAUUUAGUGCAGGGAGGAACUCAACUUCCUUCCUCUUUUUCAGAAGAUCAGUAUUUAGAUGACGUUGAAGUUGAUUUUGCUGGUUCUGAAGAAGUGGAUGAUAGUGGAAUGGAUGUUGAUGGUGAUUCAGAGUCUGAUGGGUAUCAGGAUGACGAAGGAGAACCUGACAGUGACUUAAUUGUUCUUGACCCUUCCCAUCCUUUAAUGAAAAGAUUUCAAAAAGCUUAUGAAGAGCAUUUGAAGAAACAAGAUGAAAAAUCAACAUUAGAACUCCGAGAACUACUACAAGAGCACUCUACAGCCAAAAAGCAACGUGAAGAGAUUGGUGUUGAGUUGUAUGGAGUACAACAGGAGUUAGCAAGGCAACAAAUGCAAUUAGAAAAACAACACGAUGAUUUUAAUGAGAAGUGGCAGCUUCGAAAACAUUGUGAAGCACAAUUAAAUGAAAUCAAAACAUUGUACAAACAAGCAAUGGAUGAUUUGAUACACAGGAGGAGAAAAGCAAAUGAACUGCAAACUGAAGUGGAAAAUAUUGCUGCCAAACUUUUGUAUGUGGAGUCUGCCAAAGAUGAUGUGAGGUCGGACAUAUCAAUCUUAAAGCGUGCAGCUGAAAAAGCAGGAACAGAAGUUAUAAAGGCUCAGCGGGAGAAGCAAAAACAAGACUUGUUAGUGAAUAAACUCGUUUCUGCUGUUGACCAUCUACGUGGAGACAUAGCAAUGUAUGACGCGCAAAUACAAGCUCAAAGAGAGGAGACCAAAGCAGCUACAAGAACUUUAACAGAUGCUACUACAGAGCUAGAGGCCAUAGAUUUAGAGAAGAAGCAGUUGCUGCAGCAAUGGAACAACAGUUUGAUUGGUAUGAAGAGAAGGGAUGAAUCAUAUGGUGCCAUGCAAGAGGCUGUCAACGUUCAGAAACAACAAAUCUUGGCCAUUGAAACGGAGCUGGAUGGUUACAGGAAGCAAAUUUUGAAAGCUCAGGAACAAAAUGAGCAACUCACGUACAUGUACAACAGAAUUGAGAGCGAUAUUACGGCUGUCAAGAAACAAAUAACGGUCGCACAAAAUAAGCAUGAAGCUUUGAAGAUAGAGUACAGCACAUACAGCCGCACGUUGCAUGAAACUGAACAGUUUUUGAAUAGAGCGCAAAUUGAGGUGACAGUUAAAGAAAGUGAGUUAGUCAACCUUCGAAAGCUAAUUGAAAAAGAGUUCCAGGACAAAAUAAAAAUCGAGGAUCUGAUCAUGUCACAAAUGCAGGAGCAGCUGACUGCUGAAAAAGCCUCCCAGUACACGAAAAAGAUGACUAAUCGAAUCCGCAAAAAAUCGACUCAGCUGGAAAGGUCUAUCGCUGAAGUAGAAAACGAAAUCUCGAAGAACGUUCUAGAAGUCACGCACGCCACAACGCGCGUUCGCGGUUUGCAAGACUUGCUGAGCAACAUCAACAAAGUCAUUCACCAGAAGAAUGAAACCAUAUCAAAGAUCGAGAAUGAAAUCGUCAAACGCAACGCUGUCAUCGAAAAGAAAGAAGGUAGCAUUGAUCAGCUGGGAAAGAAGAUAGAUGUGCUCAUCAGUAAGGAAGGGGGCGAAGCGUAUACAGGUCCGCUUGAAUUUCAAAUCAAAACAUUACAACGCCAAAUCGAAUCGACGACCAACGAAUGUUUGGAACUUCAACAGUACUGGUUACGACAACAAGGCGAACUUGUAAAAGUAGUUCGGCAGGUUGCGGCGCAAUCGACUGAAGUUGAAACGAAGAAGAAAGAAUCGACGAUACUCAUGCAAAAGAAGUUGAGAAUCGAAGGUGAACUAAACAGUGAGAAGAACGAAAUCUCCGACAUUCAACGCAGUGUUCGCAGCAUGCAAAACGAUAUGACCAAACUGAACCUCCUUAUCCACAAGAAUCGUGACAAGCAAGACGUUCUGCAACAAGACAACAUCUUGCUGGAGAAUGAUUUCAUGUCAACAUUGAAGGACGCCGAGUUGAAAUCCAUCCAAAUGCAGAACUCCAUCACUGCUUUGAACGAAGAAAAGGAGCGACUUCUGAAUGCACUUGUAGAAGCGGAGCGGCAGAUUAUGCUUUGGGAGAAAAAAACUCAAUUAGCUCGAGAGGCACGAGAUACUGUGGAUUCUGACGUUGGUAACGGUGAAAUACAUGCCAUGAAGGCUGAAAUACACAGGAUGGAGGUCCGCUAUGCUCAGCUGAUGCGACAGCAAGAAAAGAUAAUCCAGGACAUGGAAAAAAGUGUUUUUAAAAGGGAGUGCAUCAUUGUGAGGGGUGAGGCGCAAGCGAAAAUGGACAGAAAGAAACUUGGCAAACCCAAGGAGAACAAAGGGACGUUUCACAAGAAGGUAAAAGAAUUAAAGAAGAAAAUCAAACAGACCAAUCAAGAUUCGAAUGCGUGCGAAGACGAAAUCAACCGUCUGCGUGGUUAUCAACAAGAAUUAAGUGGCAAUUUAGAAGAGAAGCAAUCCAAUGGACAAAAAUUACAGCAAGCUAUUGAUAUACACGAGAGUGAUAUUGAACGCAUGGUUGAGUUGAAGCAAAGAAACUUCAACGAAAUCCUUAAGAAACAACAGAAGGCAAAAUAUUACACAUCACUAAAAGGAGGAAAAUAUACACGUCUGUGCAAGACCCCUACUUCACUGGAUACCGAAAAACAAAAACAAACAGAACGCUUCCAGUGUCUGUCUACGAUCGUUGACCGGUUAAAUAGCGAAUACCCAGAAAUGCAACCAGCUUUGCGGGAGGUUACUUUAUCGUUGGGAAGUAUGGAAGAACUGACUGAAAGGAGUUCACGUCAUGUAUUAGAGACAGCGUAAACUGCUAUGAGCAAUGUUAUUUUUGUUGUAAUAAUUUAUAAAUAUAAGUUGUCUGUUCUUUAAUUCGAGUGCAUAUUAUUGUAAAUAUAUUAAACCUAAUAUAUAGAUAAAUUA